AGGCAGGAGUUUGCACAAAAUUAGCCCAAGAAAAUAAGCCAUAUUCCUGAAGGAUCAAAAUCACCUAACUGAAAAAAAAUCACAAAUAUAUUCAGACCAUGAUGCAUGUCCCAUUAGAAAUAUUGAAAUGCAAUAUUCACCGGCGGGAGCAAUGUUUCCGAGAGCGCUGGGUGCUCGGCGGGUCGGGGUAGCCCUAAGCCGGGCGUCAUGCCCUGCAACAUGCGCACCACGCUCAUUUUCGGUGGCUUCGUCUCCCUGAUCGGCACCGCCUUUUACCCCAUCUACUUCCGGCCCCUAAUGAGGCUGGAGGAGUACCAGAAAGAACAAGCCAUAAAUCGGGCUGGAAUUGUUCAAGAAGAUGUGCAGCCUCCAGGGUUAAAAGUGUGGUCAGAUCCAUUUGGCAGGAAAUGAGAGAGGCUGUCAGCAACUCUGAUUACGAGUAUAGACAUCUGCGUGCUUUCGAUGUGGCAGGGACCAUAAUAAAUCACCUGGCUAUCGGAUGAAAGCUGGAGAAACAAACUGCAAUGCCAUCAAUAAGAUGACUUGUAAUGAGAGACUGUGCCCAAGGAUUCACAUUAAGUAUCCAAAAGAACCCUGGAAUAAAUUACACCGUUAGCAGGUUUUCAUGAUUUGGUUUGCCUUCCCCCAAAAUGAAGCCAUCUCCCCUCGCUAUGUUUGGAGGGGACCUGCUUAUUAUUCAGCCUUUACCCUUGACAGAGCUGUGAUGUGCAUACGAGCAACCAGGAAGGGCCUCGGCUGUUUUGCCAUCUUCCAAAUAAGAGACUGCGCCGCGCCGGCGCCGCGGCUCACUAGGCUAAUCCUCCGCCUUGCGGCGCCGGCACACCAGGUUCUAGUCCUGGUCGGGGCGCCAGAUUCUGUCCCGGUUGCCCCUCUUCCAGGCCAGCUCUCUGCUGUGGCCAGGGAGGGCCGUGGAGGAUGGCCCAAGUACUUGGGCCCUGCACCCCAUGGGAGACCAGGAGAAGCACCUGGCUCCUGCCAUCGGAUCAGUGCGCUGCGCCGGCAGCGGCGGCCAUUGGAGGGUGAACCAACGGCAAAGGAAGACCUUUCUCUCGGUCUCUCUCUCACUGUCCACUCUGCCUGUCAAAAAUUAAAAAAAAAAAAAAAGAAAGAGAGAGAGAGAGAGAGAUUGCGCCGAAAACCCUCCCUGCUGGACCUGGGGCUCUUCUAAAACGUCCAUGUUGGAAAGGCUCUCUGGGGACAGGGUAGUGGGGCUGUUUAGGAAUAACCAGUUCCGCUUACCCACGGCUCCUGGAAGGUGGCUCUGCAUUGGAAACUAAGUUACUACAAAGCCCAUUCAGCUGUGUAUGCCCAUGUGCAUGGUCCAAAUCACGGUGAAUUAACAGGAGCGCAAAUAUGCAUACAGUAAAAUGAUUUAUUUUUAAUUCACAA